GGGCGGAAGGCGGGGCGUGGGGUCGGUGGCUGCUGGGCGCGCGGGGCGCAGGCCGCGGGGCCGGAGGCGGGGGGAGCGAGCGAGCGGAGGCGCCGAGGAUCCGGUUCACUCGCUGGGGAGACCUAUGGGCCGAAGCCGUGUAAAUGCGUUUUAAGCAGGGGCCUCGGCUCCGCAACUGCCACUCCUCCUCGGGGUGUUGCACAAGUUUCGAGGUCACCGGCGACCCCCCCUAGCAGCGCGCCUGGCUCUGGCCCCCGCGAAGGAGGACGGGGCUUGUGUGUUGCAUACUUUCUAAGGCGGCUGAGGCGGCAGUUGCUGCCGGGGCUCCAUCCAGCCAGUGGCUCCUGGUCGGCAUGGCAGGCUACCUGAGUGAAUCGGACUUUGUGAUGGUGGAAGAGGGCUUCAGCACCCGAGACCUGCUGGAGGAGCUCACUCUGGGGGCCUCCCAGGCCACCACGGAUAAGGUUGCUGCCUUCUUCGUGGCUGACCUGGGUGCUGUAGUGAGGAAGCAUUUCUGCUUUCUGAAGUGCCUGCCUCGAGUCCGGCCCUUUUACGCUGUCAAGUGCAACAGCAGCCUGGGUGUGCUGAAGGUCCUGGCUGAGCUGGGGCUGGGCUUCAGCUGUGCUAACAAGGCAGAGAUGGAGUUGGUCCAGCGUAUUGGUGUCCCUGCCAGUAAGAUCAUCUACACCAGUCCCUGUAAGCAAAUUGCACAGAUCAGGUAUGCUGCCGAGCAUGGGGUACAGCUGCUGAGUUUCGACAAUGAGAUGGAGCUGGCAAAGGUGGUGAGGAGCCACCCCAGUGCCAAGAUGGUUCUGUGCAUUGCUACUGAUGACUCUCGCUCCCUGAGCUGCCUGAGCUUGAAGUUUGGGGCACCACUGAAAUCCUGCAGACACCUGCUUGAAAAUGCCAAGAAGAGCCACAUGGAGGUGGUGGGUGUGAGUUUUCAUGUUGGCAGUGGCUGUCCUGACCCUCAGGCCUAUGCUCAGUCCAUCGCAGAUGCCCGGCUUGUGUUUCAAAUGGGUGCCGAGCUGGGCCACACGAUGCACAUUCUGGACCUUGGUGGUGGCUUCCCUGGCAUAGAGGGAGCCAAAGUGAGACUUGAAGAGAUUGGUUCUGUGAUCAAUUCAGCUUUGGACCUAUACUUCCCUGAGGGCUGUGGUGUGGACAUCCUUGCAGAGCUGGGACGCUACUAUGUGACCUCCGCCUUUACUGUGGCAGUCAGCAUCAUCGCCAAGAAGGAAAUUCUCCUAGACCAGCCCGGCAGGGAAGAGGAAAAUGGCUCCACCCCCAAGACAGUUGUGUACCACCUUGAUGAGGGCGUGUAUGGGAUCUUCAACUCAGUCCUGUUUGACAACAUCUGCCCUACCCCCAUCCUGCAAAAGAAACCAGCUGCAGAGCAGCCCCUGUAUAGCAGCAGCCUGUGGGGCCCGGCGGCCGACAGCCAUGACUGUGUGGCUGAGGGCCUGUGGCUGCCACAACUACACGUAGGGGACUGGCUAGUCUUUGACAACAUGGGCGCCUACACCGUGGGCACAGGGUCUCUCCUCAGGGGGACCCAGGCCUGCCGCAUCACCUACGCCAUGUCCCGAGUAGCCUGGGAAGCACUUCGAGGGCAGCUGCUGCCCACAGAAGAAGACCAGGACGCUGAGGGCGUGUGCAAGCCUCUAUCCUGCGGCUGGGAGAUCACAGACACCUUGUGUGUGGGCCCUGCCUUCACCCCAGCGAGCAUCAUGUGAGCGGGCCUGCUCCCCCCCCCCCAACCCCCGAACCCCAGCGGGGCCGCGGAGAUGCCUCUGGGAGAGGUGGGGAAGGCGGUGAGCAGGCACCCUCUGGCCAGGACUCUGGUGCCUGCUCUGCUGCCCCCACACUCCACCUGUAGUGUUUCUGCCCUGUAAAUAGGACCAGUCUUACACUCGCUGUAGUUCAAGUAUGCAACAUAAAUCCUGUCCCUUCCAUCCGUGUCUGCCUUCUCUGCAGCGCAAAGGGCCUGGUCAGUCAGGUGUGGGGGUGUUCUUGGGGUCUUCCUUAGUCUCCUUCCCACCUUUGUAAAUAUGAAACAAAUAAAUAUUUAGUAGUUUUUUUUAAUAUUCCAGUGGAAUCUGGAAGUUCAAUUCACAAAGCAAUCAGGGCCAGGCCUGGGAGAAACUUCCCUAGUCACCAUGAAUGAACCCCUGCACUUCCACUUCUGUACUGCCAUGCUCUGAGCCCUGUCUACAGGGUGGCAUCUCCCAUUGGUACCCACCUCUCCCGAUUUUCCCCUGUCCUCUUCACAGGCCUCUAUGCCUGGUCUCCUGAGGAAGGGUGAGAUGUUGGGGCAAGGCAGGGGUCAGAACAGCUUCAUUUCAUGGGCUCAUGACAAGCUAGUGGCCUCGGUGUUACCCACCACUCAGCCUGAGGUCUGGCUCAGAGCAAAGAAAACUGAUUACUUGAUACAGCUGUGGAGCAAAGGGGGCAGAGUCCACAUAGAUUGCUUUUUUGUUUUGCGGUGCUGGACCUUGAGCAUGCCAAAAGCAAGUGGUCUACUGUUGAAUUGCACCCCCGCCCCAUAACCCAUUUUUCUUCUGGGAGGUUUUAGUAAGCCCUGUGUCCUUUCAGUAGAGUAAUGCCAAUAUAUUGUGGUUGGUUUGGCUCUCAGGCAGUGAGUGUUAGAAUGAGGCCAGGCAUAGUUUGUUGUGUCCAGUGCCAGUGGGCACUGCCUCACUCUGGCACGCCUCAGAUGAGCAGUUCUUACCAGGACAAAGUCUCUUUCAUACUGCCAGGAUUCUAAGCUAUGAACCUUGAGAGUAUGAACUGCUGAGAAAAAGACAUCAGAUUUUAGAUUGCCCUCAGCUGCUGUACGGGAAACCUAAAUUCUUUUAUCUACUUAGCUUUCUUUUUGUGCUGCUACGAGGCUUGAGCUCAGGGUCUUUCACUCUCGCUUGGCUUUUUCCACUCACAGCUUGUUCUCUACUUUUGGAACCACACUUUCAGUUCUGGCCUUUUGAUGGUUAACUGGAGACUAAGAGUCGCUUAGAUUAGUCAGCCCAGACUGGCUGUGAACCACUAACCUCAGAUCUCAGCCUCUUGAGUUGCAGGAUUAUAGGUUCAAACCACUGGAACCCAGCAUUUUUAUUUUUAAGUGAAAAAAAAAAGAUAUAACUCAAGUAGCAUAAAAAUCUAGCCCUUUAAAGCAUAAAAGUGAAUGGUCUUCAGUGUAUUUGGUUGUGCAACUAUCACAACUACCAAUUCUAUACCUGAAACUCCCUAAAGAAGCUCCUUACCCAUCAGCUGUCACUCUUUUCCCCUAUCCUCAAGCCCUGGCAACACACAUCCACUUUCCAUCUUUAUAGAUUUGCUUCUUCUGGACAUUUCACCGCAAUAGUUUUCAUAUUUUCUUGAGGGCAGGCUUAGCCACCCUGCUUCACUUACUGCACAUGGCGCUGAGGUAAUCUAAUGAGGCCAUGUGCCAUGUGUUGAGAGGAAAUUAGGAGCAACAUCUCCAUUUGCAAGGUUGGGCCUCGUUUUUGUACUCAGGACAUCAGGAGACUCAGCACACAAAGAGGUCUCUUGUCUCUUUGGUAACCACUCAGAACCAUGCUGUCCAAAUAUUCCCAUGCUGGUUCCAGGGCUCUGCCUGUGAGCCUGUUUCUGAAAUGUCUUCCAAGCAGCUGAAUCCAUUCAUACAGCUGCUUUUUUCCUCCUCCUCCUCCUCCUCCUCCUCCUUCUCCUUUCUCCUCCUUCCCCUCUCCCCCCUCCUCCUCGUCCUCUUCCUUCUUCUCCCUUUCCUCUCUCUCUCCACCCUCCUCCUCCUUCUUCUUUGUGGUGGAAAUGGGGCCAAACAUUGGGUUUUCUUUGAAACUGAUAACUGUUGGCAAGUUACAGGUGUAACUCAAUACUUGGUUGGGCGCUUGAGGGCCUUCUGUGACUUUUGAAGUGACAAGUAGCUUGACCUGGAGCUUCAACAGAUCACUCCCACUGGAACCUUUCCCGUGUUUCUUGUGCUAUUUGCGGUAAGGAUUUGAAAUUUGCUUUUCUGAGAAAGUUAUGUACAGGGGUCUCGAUGUGACUUAUUUACUCCAGACAGGCACUGAACCUUUCCCUCUCAGGGCUUGUCCUUUCUUCCUCUUCUCAGUCCACCCUUAUUCAGAAGCCAGAUCCGUCACUCCUGUGACUCCAUUUCACCAAGAAUGACAAAGUCCUCACCAAACUACCUCUGACUCCCACUCUUCCCCCCUCACUAAUCCUGGCCACACUGACCUCUCCAUUCCUCACAUCCCACUGCUGGUUUUGCAUUUACUCUCCCCUCCCUCUGGAAUGGUCUUUCCUGUGGCAGUCACUCACUUAAGUCCUUCUAUUCAAAUGUUUUCCUCAGGCAAAGUCUUCCUGGAUCACCUUUGAGAAAACACCACUUCCAAGUCUCUUUUUCCUAUUAACUGGCUUUUCUUUCAUAUUGUACCUAUCACUACUACUCACGUUUGUCUGUGUAUCAUCUGUCAUCCUGUCUAGAAUGUAAGCUCCUUGGCAGCAGGAACCCUAUUUAUUUUUUCACUUCUGUAUCCUCAUCAUCCAAACAGAGCAGGUGCUCAAAAGUAUAUGCCAAAUAAAUAAACAUAGCUCUUAACCAAUUGUUAACUCAUUUGUAAAAUGUGGCUACUCAAUAUAUUUCCUUCAACGGGUAGUUAUUAAGUAAGAUGGGUAGAAAGCACUCAGCUCAGUGCCUAAUAUAUCAUUAGAUGCUUAAUAAAUGACACUGGAAAGUCA